GGUGAAGCUUCUUUUCAAAGGUGCACAUCCUUCAAGUGGCCCUUCACCCCACUUUGUGACUUGGGCACUGUAUGGGGUGUGGUGGUGCCAGUGGGAGUGGGCGGGGCAGCCCUGGCCUCCCUCAUCCUAACCCUGGUGCUGCUUAAUGCGGAACAUUGAGGCAACCCUAUGGGUAGUUGCGAUCACCAUGAAUCAGGGCCAGCUAGCCUGUCGGUCCCGGCCACAGGACCUCACCAUGGCUUUCAUUUAUGUGCUGGUCCUCCUCAGUGCGGCGCUCUCUGGGGUGGCAUGCAGCUGGUUCCAGAGGCAGCCCUCAAAAUGCAGGGUGGCAUGGCUGCUUGCCACGUGGGUGGCCUCUGCCCUGGUGUGGGGUGCCAGGCUCUGCUUCCACACAUGUGCCAACGCAGCUCUCAGUCUUCCCUCCACUUGGCGUUGGCGCUGGUGGUGCAGGUCCUGUUACUGCUGCAUGCCAUCCCAGAGGCCCACACCUGGCUGCGCCUAGCCUCAGAGCCCUGCCCGCAGACCCCAGCCAACGUCACCGCCACUGGCUUCAGUGAGGAAAUUUCCCUGUCCUCCUGGCCAUUUGGGCACAUGCAGGGCUCCUGGUCCAGUCAGAGCAGCUCAGCCAGGAACACUGACGUUGAACAAGGGCCCAGUACCCCCUUCGGCAGCAAUCAGUCCAUCACCAUCACCAUCCCGGAGGAGGGAGCAGUGACCUCCAUCUAAGGAGCACUGUGGAGAGCGCCCAAGCUCCUUUGGAGAUGGACAGAUGGCAGCAGACCAUCAGGAGGACUGGACAGUCGACCCAUUACAUGAUUAACUUCAUGUUGACAUCUGCUGCCUCUCACUCGCAUAUGGCCUCCCUGGUCUACACGCACCCAUCUAUGGAGCACUGUGGAGAGCGCACAAGCUCCUUUGGAGAUGGACAGAUGACGGCAGACCUUGAGGAGGGCUGGACAGUAAGAUUAUCUUCAAGUUGAAGUUAAAGUUUAUUGUAAGAUGUAUUAAAAAUACACAAUGAGAUACUUCUGCUCUUGUUCUCUCCCUACCUUACAUACAAGAUGUGCAUAACUAAAAAUAAAUAUAAAUAAAUGAAAUAGACAACCUCUACAAUUUUAAAACGCCUCACAUUAUACAAGCAAUGCAUCAGUAAUUGCAAAAAUACGUAGAAUAAAUACAGUACUGUAGUGACAAUAAAACCCAUGCAAUAAAACAUUUCUAAAUGUGGUCUCAUACAGUGAGCCCUACAAUGAUGUGCAUGACGCUACAAGAAACAUGACCUCAUUAUGCCAAAUGGGUACUUGUUCUACGACGGUGCUGACUGUUCAGCAAUCUCACUGUAGAUAAAUCUAUACAAAUAUCACCUGCAUGCACAUUACUUCUUUUACAAUAACUAACUCCUGAUCCAAACUGUUAGCACUGAAAAAAAAUAAACUAUUGUGUAUAGUAUCCCUGUGUAAAAAGAUAGGUGCCAGAAGAAAAGAUUAAAUACAUUUAUUUCAAGGAU